AUGAAACAUUCCUUCGAGUGGAUAAUAUUGGGUAGUCGCGAAACGAAAAUGGCGUCGAUUUCAGCUUCUUCCACUUUUCUCUCGUUUUCGACAGCCAAAAGCCCUAAUCUUUCUUCGACCCAUCUUCUUCCUCUACCGAAAAACGUCAGCUUUCGGACCAGGGCCAUCGGGAAUAGCCGAAUUUGCAAUUUUUCUGGGUUUACGAAACAGAAUCGCCUUGGGUUGAGGAAGCUUUCGUCGGUUGGAGAAGGAGGAGAAGGCGUUGCAGUUGCGGAGGAAGAGCAACAGCUACAGCAAGAGACUGUCUCUGUGCCUGUCUCUCCUUCAGACAUGCUCACCAUGUUUUUUCAGGCUGAUGGAACCUUGAACGAAGCAGCUAUUCCUAAUGUAACGAAGGCCUUACAGGAUAUCGAUGGAGUUUCCAAUUUAAAGGUUCAGGUCUCUGAAGGUGUUGCCGUCGUGGAGCUUUCGAAGCAAACAACGGUUCAAGCAACAGGAGUGGCGUCAAGCUUGGUGGAAACUAUACAAGGAGCUGGAUUUAAGUUACAGACUUUGAAUCUAAGCUUUGAAGAUGAAGAUGAGGUUCUUUUCUAGUUAAAUAACCUCUCUCCUCCGUUUUGUGAUUAAAGAAACACAUUAUGUUCAGAUUUUAGGAUUUUCAUUUGUUUCUCGCAAGAAGACAAUGUGGUAAAUUACAAAAAAAAAAAAAAAAAAAAAAAAAACGAAAAUUGGUGUUUUCUUUGUUAAGUUUUAUACAUAUUUAAUGGGUCAUAUGGGUUCCCACAGAGCGUGGAGGUUGGGGACUUGGGAUUCUUAAUAGACUUUUGGGUUCCAUGCCUUUGUAGUGGUACAAUGAUGCAUCAUGUGGUUGUGUGUUUAUAUAUGAUUGUCACUAUGUGUAUUUUCUUUCAUCUGUGAUGCGAAAGUGUAUAGUGAAUCACAGCUCAUGCAUUGUUGUACUCGUAUCUCUCUACUUAUUACCCAUUUCUUUAUUUUUUUUCUAUAUAUCUGACAUUCAAUUACACUACCACAGCUUGGUUAAGCAGAUUUUGUCUAU